AUGGAAAUGAACCCUGAGCGAAAGCAGUCUCCAGUCGACACCGCAGGGGCACCUACCAGGGCACCCCGGCUGCGGAGACCCAGUCGGCCCAAUCAGGAAGAUGGUUCGAACGAGCGACGUCGGACACAAAUCCGUAUGGCCCAGCGGGCGUAUCGAGCCCGGAACCAGGCCAAUAUGACAGCGCUCACCCGGCGCGUUGCCCAGCUAGAGACGGCGCUGGAGAGGAUGAGCCAGGCUGUUGUCUCGUUCAGUGAUGAUUUGGUUCAGUCAGACGCACUGGUCGUAUAUCCGAAUCUUACAGAUCGUCUUCGGGACACUGUCGAGACGUGCCUCUCCGUGGCGAACUAUGGCGAAGAGGCCAACCACCCAGCACAGAGCAGAGAGUCUACCGGAUAUUCCAUGGAGGUUCCUCCUUCACUCCAUCCCAGUCUGUCAAGCAAUACAGAGGACUUUCUUGCGACGUACCGCUCUGGCCAGAUCUACGCAUCCGGGACAGACGCUGGCCGCAGCAUAGACGUACCACAAUUCAUAGAGCACCUCCGAAUAUCUUGCCUCCACCGCGGCCUCGUCUUACUAAACAACCCUUCUGUCUCCAUGGACAGUUUGAAACGACCUUUCCGACUGCUUCUACCACUCGUACCUAGGGAGACAAUCGCCGCAUUUUUCAACGCCCGUCUCCAUGCGCGGCUCAACCGUACACAGCCGGAACAGUUCAGCGAAAUCCCCUUCUUCUAUUUGGGAGGUGCUGGUACGCAUUACCUAGAGCCUUUUUCAGCAGGUGAAAGCCGAGAACCUGCGAUGGGGAGUGCAUAUUCAUCAGCACUUGCUGAGGUCCCUGCUGAGCUAGAUGGGGAGUGGUUUGACGUGCAUGACUUGAAGAGAUACUUGCAAGGGAAAGAGGUCAAUCUGACGAUAUCUCCGGCUGGAACUGAGAUACGUCCGUUGCCUCGGAGGGCAAUUAAUGUGUUCGAUUUCACGGCCGGUGAGACCGGCCUCAUUUCCCCACGAAGACGGAAAAAGCCUUCUCUGACCUCUCUAGCUUUACUUGACAGGUGCAUAUGUCUAGGCCACAGUCCUGGAUUUCGACGAAGAGAUGUAGAAAGGGCCGUUAACUCAAUACCUCAGGGCUAG